GAUAGUUACGGGGAGAGUAAUCUAGGCUUAAAUAUGGAGCUGCUGUUUACAGGUCUCGUGUUGUGUGGCUCAAUGUUGGGAGGGGACAGUUGGGGGAUUUCAUCAGAGAAGAAAGUUCAGUAUGCAUCUUGGGACGAAAUGAAUAUAAUAGCCCAUGGGUUACUCCAGCUAGGGCACGGUCUCAAAGAGCAUGUGGACAAAACAAAGAGCCAGCUAAAAGAGAUCACAGGCAGGCUGAGCCAGCACAAUGUCUCUUUGGUGGAGCUCAUCAAGCAAACCAAAGAGGUCAAAGAGAGUGGGGAUAUGUUGAAAGGUAGGGUUCAAGAGCUGGGGGACAGGGACAGGCAACUUUUUGACCUGUCCCAGGGGCUUAAAGAUAAGGUGCAAGAGAUCAGCAGUGAGAAGCAGCAGCUGGACCAGAGGCUGAAGGACAUGGAAGAUAAGAUCCAGCUGCUGGAACUUGGCAAGCGGCAGAACCGUAGCGACAAGGACGAUAUCCUCAGUAUGCAGUCACAAAUGGACACUCAGAAUGAGAGGAUCAUGGAGCUUUUGGAAAAGAUCAAACUGCAGCAAUUGAAGCUAGACAAACAGAACCAACAAAUUAAAAAUCUGCAAACCAAAAUUCAGGGUAACAUAUCGGAAAAUCAGAAACUGAGCCUUCACUUAAAAAAAGAAGCUUCACUUGAAAAGCCUACUAAUGACAGCAUAGAGGCUGAGACAGAAAGGCCACCAUCUGACUGUCAUCAGAUAUUUUUAGAAGGUGAACGCACCAGCGGCAUUUUCACUGUUAAGCCAAGUACGGCCCAGCCUUUUGAAGUGUACUGUGAAAUUACUGGUGAAGAGGGAUGGACAGUUAUCCAGAGACGCAGUGAUGGCUCAGUGGAUUUUGAUCAGCUGUGGGAACAAUACAGAAAUGGAUUUGGUGCACUUAAUGGUGAGUUUUGGCUUGGAUUGGAGAAGAUUCAUCAAAUAACUAAGCAGGGGCGAUAUGUCAUACGCAUUGAGCUGCAAGACUGGGAGGAAAAUAUCCAGUAUAUGGAGUCAGAGUUUCAUUUGGGAGGUUCCAGCACAGCCUAUGCCCUCCAGGUCUUUGCACCAGUGACUGGUGACCUUGAAAAUGCUCUGAGUGACUUCCGAUCACAAGCAUUUUCCACUCGAGACCAUGAUAAGGACCUUAAACCUGAUAUCAAUUGUGCGAAACAUCUCUCAGGAGGAUGGUGGUUCAGUGCAUGCGGCCAUUCUAACCUCAAUGGUAAAUAUUUUCGCUCCAUCCCUCGUCAGAGGCAUGAGAGGAAGCAGGGGAUCUUCUGGAAAACUUGGAAAGGGAGAUAUUACCCACUGAAAUCCACCUCUAUUAAAAUUCAUCCUAUUGAAUUUGAAACCCCAGAGUAAAGACUGAAUAAAAGAAGACAAACAUUUCAGAACUGUUACUGAGGUUGCUGAUGCAGGGUCGCACUGGGCUUCUGAGGCUUGUCACUAAAUUGCCCUUAACCUGCUGUUUUGCUAUGAAAACUUAAUUAGCGUUAACAUUAGCAUUUCUGAGUUGAAAGAUUAACUAUGGGUUAAGGCUGUACAUUUCAUUUAGACAAUUGGUGCAGCUUCAUUUUAUUUUCCAUACUACUAUAAUUCUCCUUUGUCUUUUUUUUAAAAGGUUGCCUUAACAUUGUGUAAAAGUGUAGGUUUCUUAAGAUAUCUAGAUAAUGUUACUUUAUUGGACCUAAUUUGAAUGGCAUGCAAAUAACUUGUAUCACUGCAAAAUGGUAUACUUUUUUCUUUUGUAGAAGAAAAAAAGCAAAAAGGACAAGGUGUUAGUAAAGCAGGAUGGGAUAUAAUCAUGGUAAUCAUGUGCUUUUUAUGGCUAUGCCAUAAGGUCCUGCUGCAAUUUACAGAAUGUAAAAAUGACUAGUUCCUCAGAUAUGAAAAGUUUAGUUGCCACCAUUCAACAAUCAACACUGUAUUGAAGAAAAAAACUACCCAUGACAGAUAUGUCUUUAGUUUUAAGGAGAAGCUGUAUGAUUAAUAGGUAGCCCUUGCGGGUCAAGAAGGACAAAAUGUAAUUGUUAUGCAUAAAUCUUGCUGCUAAAUGCAGUUAGAAUCCUUCAGUCAUAUUGACUGACUACAAUGGUGACCAAAAUGUCAAUCUGUGUAAAUAUUGGUUUGUACAGUACAUCUUUUUUUAAGAAUUCUACCAGUCAAUGUUUCUGUAUAUUUAAAAAAACCUCUAAUUUAUAAAUAUUUUGUUCUAAAAAUGAAUUUUGUUAAAUUUCAAUGUUCUUUUGUUACACAUUCUAUUAUCCCUAGACUUUUAAAUAAAAAUAGUAAGAUAUACUAUCUUAAAAUA